AUGUCAGAUGGUAAUAAUGUUGCGGAUGAUGUGAAAAAACAUGAACUUGAUGAGAAUAAUUCUCUUAAGAAAGUUUGUGAUCAAGAAGAUACAAACAAUGGAAACUCAAUGCCUUUAACUCAACAUGAGGAAGAUGAUGGUAAGAAACAUGAACUGAAUGAGGACUCUCUUAACAAAGAUAUUAUAAAUAAUGAAAAAUCAAAGCCAAAGUAUGGUAGAUUGGCAAAGAAGCCUCCCCUAAUAUCAAAGGGUCGUGCUUAUUUUGAUUCUGCUGAUUGGGCUUUGGGAAAGCAUGGAGCUCAACUCCGUCCAAAGUUGCAGCCAACACAUAAGGAAGUCCUAUCAAGACGUUCAACUUAUGCUCCAUCAGGUGAUUCUCAAGAGUAA